AUGGCAAACACAAUGCUUGCCAAGUCGACUAGAGAAGCCAUUGCGGUUGUUGACGGGUCUCGUUCUAUCUCUUAUGGCGAACUCGUCAACUCAGCCAAAACUAUUGCACAAUUCCUACAGGAACGCGGCGUCAAAUACGGCGAGGCUGUAGGGAUCUUGUUCGAUGUUGAUCAUCGUCAGGUUAUCGCGCAGUUAGCCAUUCUCGUGGCUGGUGCAACUUGUGAUCCAAUCUCCCCUACAGCGCCAUCUCAUCGUAUUGCUAGCAUGCUGAGCGAUUCCAAUGCGCAGUACGUCAUUUGCGACGAGAAUUCGACCUUCUCUUCUGAGGGUAUCACUCUUCUCCAUCUCAGCGAUGGACUAGCCUCAGAAAUAUCCACCGAUGCAACGGUGCACCCUGGUUCCUCGUGGAGUGAAUCACAUCGUACGCACAUCCUGUUUACCUCUGGCUCAACUGGUAAACCCAAGGGCGUGCAGAUCAGCAGCUCUGCCAUUAUGCACCUGUCAACCAGUACCCCAGUAACACCAUUGAACCCCAAAGAUCGGGUGGCUGCUUUCAACGACCCUGGUUUUGAUCUCAGCCUUUGCGAAGUCUGGGUGACUCUGCUCACCGGUGCCACUAUCUUCAUCAUUCCAAAGGUGGUAGUAGUUGAUUCUGCCGCACUAAAGAGCUAUCUCGAACGUCACAGCAUCACCAUCAUGAUUAUGCCUGCUGCCCUUUUCCACAUCAUCGCCAAGUCAUCGCCCGACUCUUUUCAUAGUCUUCAACACCUUCUCACUGCAAGUGAUGUUGCCAAUAAGAUAGCCAUACGCGCUGUUCUUGAGCACAGCCCUCAGCAGCAUCUUUGGAACACGUAUGGCCCGACUGAGUGCACCACCCUGGCGACUAUGCAAGAGGUAGAUGUGAAAGAGACCCUUCGUGAUCGGAUUGGUCAUUCGCGAUACAGAGCAGGGGGCGAGAUCUGCAUUGCUGGACCUCAACAAACACUCGGGUAUCUGAGUCAACAAACUCCCGAUGAGUCGAUUUUCAUCAAUUUCAGCACCCGAGUACUCAAUGGUGCUAUUGGGGACAUGCACAAUGACUAUAGCGACCCUCACACUCGGUAUUACCGGACUGGCGACGUGGCCGAAUGGAGACAUGACGGCGGCCUAGAUUUUAUCGGACGCAGAGACAACCAAUUGAAGCACGGGAGCUUUCGAGUGGAACUUGAAGAGAUUGAGAGAAAUCUCCUCGAAAGCGAACUUGUUCAAUCUGUCAUUGUCGUUAAUCGGCCAGCACCAGAUUCAGAUGGUGUUGCGGUUCUAGUCGCGUUUGUCUUGCCCUAUGACAAUGCCACUACCGAAGCACAAGAUCUGGUAUCUUUUGCCCGGAGCACACUACCUCAUUACAUGGUUCCCGACAGGUUUGAAAUCGUUGAACAUCUUGAUAUGGACUCCAGAGGCAAGAUUGAUCGUCGUGCCUUUUCCGAGGGCCUUGCUAAAGCGGGACCAACCGUCCCCAGUUCGGUCCUCACGAAUGGGAAUGAUUCCGCUUCAUCAAGAAAGGCUACGCUGAAGUCUAUGUGGGAGUACAUUCUGGGAGUCUCGCCUAUCAAGGAUGAUGACGACUUCAUGGCUCUGGGCGCCACCUCACUCCAAAACGCUGCUCUUGUCGCUCGUAUUAAGAAGCAGUUCGGACGCCUCAUUUCCAUGCAUGACUUAUACUGCCAUUCGCGCUUUGCAAGCUUGCUUCAUUUCCUUGAGAGUGAUGCGGAGUCCAUCGCUGCGCCUAACGAUGCGGAUAAAUGGAUCAAGGACGUCGACAUGGUGGAUGACAUCGAGGAGACGCCAAACUGGGAAGACCCAGACCAAGGUAAGAUAUUCUUGACUGGUGCGACUGGCUUCGUUGGUGCCUUUCUACUUGACGAGCUUCUGCGUCACCCAAAUUUCAAACAGGUGGCUUGCCUUGUUCGUGGCCAGACAGAGGCCGAAGCUGCUCGUCGCCUUCAAGCCAAUAUGCAGAAAUACGAUCUAUGGCCUGAUGACUUUGCUUUGACUACCAAAAUCAUGGUAUUGCUAGGGGAUGUCACGAGUCGAGAUCUCGGUCUUGGAUCGGCCAAGUUUGACUGGCUCGCCAAUUGGUUUAGUGCCAUCUUUCACCUCGCUGCCAAGAUCAAUUUCUGUGACUCGUAUCAUGAGCACUACAAUACCAACAUCCUUGGAACUCGCAACAUGCUCCGUCUUGCUGCACGAGGGCGACGCAAGACAUUUCGCUACGUGUCUAGCAUCGAUACAUGGGGUCAGACAGGAUACUUUCUAGGCACCAAGAGGGUCCUAGAAGACGAACCUCUAGGUCCCCAUAUACAAGGCGUGAGAUACGAUGUCGGUUAUUCCCAGAGCCAGUGGACGGCUGAGGAAAUGGUACGACGCAUAAGAGAUCGUGGCUUUCCAAUCAUUAUUUAUCGGCCCGGCUUCAUCAUUGGCCAUUCUGUCACAGGAGCGAGUAAUCCCAACGACCUUGUUUCGCGACUCAUUUCCAGCAGCAUCAAACUUGGUGCAUGGCUCAAGAUCGAUCUCGAUCCGGCUUAUGUUACAGUUGACUAUGUCGUCAAAGCCAUGCUACACAUCUCACGCUCAACAAAAAACAUCGGUAGGUCAUAUUGCCUUGUCGCGCCAAACAUUGAAGAUUCGGUGUCUGUGAACAAGACUCGCUCUCUUCUCUGUCAAGCUGGCUACAGAGUUGAACUCACAAACUACACUGACUGGAUUGCACAAUUAUCUGAAAAGAUACUUCCUGAUGAUCCUCUUGCGCCUGUCAUGCCACUGUUGGAAGAAAAGGUAUUGGGCAACUUUACAAGACUUGAGUUAAGCCAGCAUUCUCCGAUCUACGACUCGACAAAUGCUAUCAAGGCUCUUGCGGGUAGCGGUGUUCAUUAUGUGACACUUAACCCAAACAUAAUUAAGCGUUAUAUUGCAUUCUGGAACAAGAAGGGGUUUUACUCCAUUUAA